AUUUUCCUCAGCUGCGCCACAUUCACACUCCGCUUCAGAUCGGUUUUGCUUUGUUCCAAUGGCCGCCUUCGCCUCUGAAACUGACAAGAUGUCAAAGCUGCAGACCGCUGUUGCUGGUCUCAAUCUGAUCAGUGAGAAUGAGAAAUCCGGAUUCAUCAGCCUUGUCUCUCGCUAUUUGAGCGGAGAGGCCCAGCAUGUAGAGUGGAGUAAGAUCCAAACUCCAACGGACGAGGUGGUCGUGCCAUACGAAUCCUUGGCUAAUCCACCCGAGGAUCUUGAAGCGAUUAAGAAGAUUCUGGACAAGCUCGCUGUGCUAAAGCUUAAUGGUGGUUUGGGGACAACGAUGGGCUGUACUGGCCCUAAGUCUGUCAUAGAAGUUCGAAAUGGAUUUACAUUUCUUGAUCUCAUUGUUAUUCAGAUCGAGUCUCUCAACAAGAAAUAUGGAUGCAAUGUCCCUUUACUUUUGAUGAACUCAUUUAAUACCCACGACGACACAUUGAAGAUCGUUGAGAAAUAUGCCAACUCAAACAUUGAAAUUCAUACCUUCAAUCAGAGCCAGUAUCCUCGCUUGGUAAUUGAUGAUUUUCUGCCUCUGCCAACCAAAGGAGAAACAGGAAGGGAUGGUUGGUACCCGCCAGGGCAUGGUGAUGUGUUCCCAUCAUUGGUGAACAGUGGAAAGCUGGAGUCCUUGCUAUCUCAGGGAAAGGAGUAUGUCUUCAUUGCCAACUCAGAUAACCUUGGUGCUAUAGUAGACACAAAGAUUCUAAAUCAUUUGAUCAACAAUGAAAAUGAGUACUGCAUGGAGGUGACACCUAAAACCAUAGCUGAUGUAAAAGGAGGCACACUAAUCUCAUAUGAAGGAAGGGUUCAGCUUUUGGAAAUUGCACAGGUUCCUGAUGAGCAUGUGAAUGAAUUUAAAUCUAUCGAGAAAUUCAAGAUUUUCAAUACCAACAACUUGUGGGUAAACUUGAAGGCCAUUAAAAGGCUUGUAGAAGCUGAUGCUCUCAAAAUGGAGAUUAUCCCAAACCCCAAGGAAGUAGAUGGUAUUAAGGUUCUUCAACUUGAAACGGCGGCCGGGGCAGCAAUCAGAUUUUUUGAUAAUGCUAUCGGAGUAAAUGUUCCACGAUCUCGUUUUCUUCCAGUGAAGGCAACAUCAGAUUUACUAUUAGUUCAGUCUGAUCUAUACACUUUGGUUGAUGGCUUUGUGGUCCGUAAUAAAGCCAGACAAAAUCCUGCUAAUCCCUCUAUUGAGCUAGGACCUGAAUUUAAAAAGGUGGCUAACUUUCUUGCUCGUUUCAAGUCCAUCCCUAGCAUUGUUGAACUUGAUAGUAUAAAGGUUUCUGGCGAUGUAUGGUUUGGCGCGGGAGUAGUCCUAAAGGGAAAAGUGAUAAUAACAGCGCUCCCUGGUGAGAAGUUGGAAAUCCCUGAUGAUGCGGUGAUAGAGAAUAAGGAGAUCAAGAGCCCUGAGGAUAUCUAAGCUUCACUUUUCUCUUGCACAUAGAGUUUUCCAGCUGCUGUCAUCUGCUCAUUAAUAAUAAUAACUAUUAACUAUGCACAAAACUUGAGAAGCUACAAAAUUUUUUUAUGCUCACCCGCGUCUUAAAAGUUAUGUCCAGCGUGGUUUGUUUUUCAUAAAGAACUUCACAAAGUUUAUAUAUUUUUAUGUUUGCAUUUUU